GGAUUGUUGCGGGAGCGAUGGCACCGAGCUGGGACGACGUCGAGGUGCUCCAUGACGUCAUCGCCGCCUACGCCGGGCCACUCACGCAGCUCCUGCAUGGGUACCUUCCGGCCACCUUGACCGACGCGACUGCGCUCGCCGUGUGGCAAGACGUCUUUCGGUGCGACUGGGAUGGCGACCUUCCGGCGCUGCCACGUCUCCCGCCGCAUGGAGGUCUUUGCCAGUCGUUUCGCCUCAUCACGUCGCGUCGCAUGUACGAGCACGUCAAACGCCGAUCCGACUACAACGAGGUAGCGUACCGGGUCGACUAUGCCGACGGCCACGAUGGAAGCGGCGCCCGGGCCAUGGUGCGCGUCCUUGACAUUGAUCAUGUACCGAUGCAGCACAUGUGGCUCGAUGAGCUCACGGCGCUUUUGGCGCAUCCUGUCGCACUUGCGCACGCGGCGAUUGCGGGCGGUCACGUGACACUUCUUCGCCACCUCCAAGCCAGUACCGAGGUCGAUCUCGGCCAGAUCCAGCAUCUGCAUGGCCGCGACGGCCUUGCCAUGGACGUUGCCGCGUACCACGGACAUCUGGAUGUGCUCAAGCUUCUCCACGACGCAGGUUCGACGGCGUGCACGACGGACGCAAUGGACCACGCUGCGUUCGCUGGCGAUUUGCGCAUGGUGCAGUGGCUCGGCGACCAUCGGUCCGAGGGCUGCACGGCCAACGCCUUGCUCUUGGCAUUGGCAAACGGCCACGUUGACGUUGCAGACCAUGUGCGGCGGGUCUACGGCGACCAUUUCUCGUUUCAGGCGUACGACAUCGAAGCUGCCGUGCUCCGAGGCCACUUGAACGUGCUCACAUAUGUGGUCACGCACUUUAGUCAAGCCAUCGAGAUCUCCGAGACCGCGCUCACGUAUGCGGCUGCAUAUGGUCGCCUCGACAUGCUCGCGCUUCUCUUGUCCAGUCCAGCGGCAGGCAGCGUGCCCUCGUCGGCCAUGAUCGGCGCGGCCGCGCACGGGCACUUGGAUGUGAUUACGUUUCUGCAUGCGCACCCCGCUGCCCAGCGCGGGUUUGGGCCGCGUAUCCUCGACGCCGCUGCGCGCAACAAUCACAUGGCCAUCGUACUCUUCUUGCACGAGCGCCGGUCCGACGGCUGCACGCCCAACGCGCUCGACCGCGCCGCGCACCGUGGCCACGGCGCCAUGGUGCAAUUCCUCAAGACGCAUCGGUCCGAAGGCGGCACGACGCGCGCGAUCGAUUGGGCCGCCGCGGCCGGUCACCUCGAGAUCGUCCGCUUCUUAUACACCCACCCGACCAACGACGGCUGUACGUUUCGAGCACUGUACUGGGCGGCGCGCGGCGGGCACAUGGACGUGUUGGCCUUUCUGGCGGCCCGCGAUCCGCAACGACGGGGCGCGAGAAAGGCGACGCGCCGCGCGUUGCACAUCGGGCACAAGCUCGUGUUUGACAACUUGAGCCUCGCGGGCUGCACGACGCAAGCCGACCGCGAGGCGGCGGCGACCACCGAGUGGUUUCCAAUCGCAUGGCGCAUUCGAUCCGAUUUGUCGGACGAUCAAGGAACCUACGGCGACGACGACGACGACCUGUUUGAAGACGGCUAUGGCUAUUACGACCACUAAUACAAACUAACUACUGAAGCUACAAACUACGCGCUCGCUACGAGUUUAAGAGAC